UUGUGACAGCACAGUUCCCGGGAGCAACAUAACAAACAACAGCUGAACGGCGAGCGAGGCUGACAUUGUUUGCCUCCCGCUUACAAGACACGUUUUCUCAUUUGUAUGACAUGACAACAAGGGACACAUUUGACACGCCGACAGAUGUACUAAAUAGGAGGAAGACUGUGCGACUUGUAAACAAACCGCUACCAGUUAGCAUAUAGCUUAGCAUUCGCUGCGUCGUUAAUGUGUCCGCAAUUUGGCUUACGGUCAAAUGUUUGUACUGUGAAGUAAACUCUCUUCUAGCUGUACUGUUUAUUGUCGUCAACGAGCUGUCGAAAUAGAUUUUUGUUUACAAACUGUGUUUAUCUUGACAACACAGCCUGCUUCUCGGUGCUUAUCGCGAGGAAUAACAUGUAUGCUCCCUUGACCGAUGAGUUGUUAUCGAUUGUUUACAUAAUGUUGCUGUGAAGACUGCCUACAUUACAGUAGCAAAGCUUUCUCCGGGAGGGAUGUAAUGCGUGCAAAAGAUGGAGGCUGUCCGACACAAGAAGGCCAAGGCAAAGGUGGUCAGAAAGCAGAGAACGACCGAGGACAAUAGGAGCGCUGCCCCCUCAGUCAUUAGUGAUGAUGCCCCUGAAUUCAGCAGUAUCCCUCUCAGCCUGCCACAUCAGGAGAAGUGUGACCCAGUUCAACCCCCCGAGACAAAAGAACAGUCAUUAGAUCUGCCUGCUGAGUCUCAUCAGACCUCCUCGUCACCAACAGCAGUGUUAACGGAGACUUUGCAAUCGGGUCUACACUUGUCAGAGACGUUACUAGCUAUAGCCAAACAGGCGCAGUCAACACAGCGGGGAGAAGCUGAUGGCGGCGUGUUGGGGGCUCAGCUUCAAGGCAGCAACCUGGAAGCUGAUAAACAGUCAAGUUUUGACGUGGAACAUGUCCCAAGUGCUCCUGCACUGUACCCGUCUGUCCCGACUCUUGCGGAGGGAUCCAGGAUAGAGCUCCACAGGGGAGCCGUGAGGACUUGUGGCAUAGGGCCUGCAGUUUUGGCACUGGCUGAGCCGGAAACUUCUCCUCCAAGUCUGCAGCCUCUGGAGUCUGUAGCGGAACUUUCCAGGAAUAAACUCUACCCUGAAUUGCCAAGGACAACAACAGAUGUUCAGCCGUUCUCAUUGGAGCAGCUGAGUGUUUGGGAGCCUGAUGUAGGACUGCAAGCUUGGCUAGAAGGCGUUAAUGUAUGUGCGGACCAGUUUUGUGCUCUGGCUCGGCAGGAGAACCAUGAACUCGCCGAACUUCUGCAGAACUACUGGCGCUGUCGCAGACAGCUGACACAGUCUCACACGCAACUACACACACAGUCCUCGGACUGCAAAAGCACUCAAAAUCGUCUGUGGAGCUUCAGAGAUGAACAGUUAACACUCCAGGGUAUGUGUGCAGACCAGGCCAAGGUGUGUGGGUACCACCGCUUUCAGCAGGCAGAGUUCAGUCAGGGUGUGCUAGCUGAGCUAAGCAGGUUGUUUGAAGUUCGCCGCGAGCUGCUCCAUCAAAAGGUGGCUUUGCACGCAUACACAGCUUUGCUGUCACGCCUUCAAGUGGAGUCGUACUUUCACCGCCUAUUAAAAGAUUGUUCUGCUAGCCAACAGCAGCCCUGUUCCCUUCAACCUCUUAAAGAGGCCAUCAGCGUCCUUUUCAGCUUCACUCGAAGAGUCCUUGAUGACACACAGUUCCAGACUGACAUCCAUCACUGGUUGGAAAGACUGGUGGCAGUGCUGCUGCAUGUUGGUGAAUCAGGAGAGCACCUCUACCUGCUCUGUCAUCUGCUGUGCUGUCCUGCUGGGGUGGGCAAGUGGGCUGCCUCAUUUCUUCAGAUCCAAGUUUGGGGGAACACCUGUGGAGUGCAAGACUUCAUGCAAGCUCUUGCAAUUCUCAUGUCACCUUCUCGACACCGAGCAGAAUUUCUGUGUCAUAUGAAACCAUGUGACAGCCUUAAUUCAGCUUCAUCUGGACCUGAGUCAGGAAACUGGACCCUUGUGGAUGAAGGAGGAGAGGAGGAUGAGGAUCCGGAGAGUAGCUGGUUGCUGCUGUGUGAGGACGACCUCAUCUCCUUUAUGACCCAGUUCCCUUUUCAGCAACUCUAUUCACACAUGCUGGGGAUGAGCAAGCCAGGUGUCUAUGAGCCUCAGGGGUACUCUAGUCAGAAGAUGAUGCGUGUGUUUGCAUUUGCAUCCUCGCUCAUUGAAAUUCUUGCCCUUGGCCUACAAACCUAUAACAGGGCUCGAUACAGACAGCUAGUGAAACGAAUAGGACACAUCAUACGGAUUACACUGUGUUAUGUCAGUGAUCACUGGGCUCAGUAUGUGAGUGUGGCUGGCACUAGUGUGUCCAGCGCUCACGCCCACUCUUUGUCGCUGGAAAAGCUUCAGGUGGAAUAUGACCAUCUCUUCAUCAGGGCUGUUUUGCAUGUUCUCAGAAACAAGAGGUUGGGAAUUUGGUUGUUCAUGUCUGAGAUGCCUUAUGGGACCCUCUCCAGCUGCAUGCUGUGGAGGAUCCUUUAUGUAAUGCAGUGUGCAGAAACAGCCGGACUGGAAGCUAUUAGUCCUGCUAAUGACACACAAUCCAGCAUUCAGGCUCUUAGAGAGCCAGAGCACCAGGAGAGGUUUGAGCGGUGGUUGUGUGAAGUGAACAGCUCUGACGGCAUCUCCCUCCUCACCGCCUUAGCACACAUGGCCACACCCACUCAAUACUCAGAUCCUGCCUUUGUCACAAACAUCACAUUGCUGAUAUACCAGGUGUCUUAUGUGAGUGUUACUACCAGAGAAAUCUACUCUAAAGUUGGAAGGGAGUUGUUGGCUACCAUAGCAACAGCUCACCCUCACAUUAUCUCGGUGCUCUUGGAGCGGCUGAGAGAGACCAUCCAAGCUGUUGGCAUGGCAGCGCUGUACUUGUGCAAAGAGCUGCCACUAAGUCUGUGGUGUCCACGAUCAGAGGAAAUAUGCGUGAUCGGCGCUUGGCUGCUCCACCAUCCUCUGUCUGCGGUGGAGAAUCGUCUGGCUUGUGUUAUACUUGAGGGUCUCAACUGGGGAUACUCACAGGAUGGCUCUUUGGCAUUGUCGUCAUUGCUCCACAGUGAGGUUGCUCUGCUGGUAGCCGAGGCCUUUCAAAAGUAUCUGACUGACAAACCAUACAGUGGCCUCAUUUCAGAAGGCAUUAAACAGGUGUCUUAUCUUGCCAGUGUCCUUCGUUUAGGCGUAUCCCCUGAAGCGUCAUUCAGCCAAUGGGCGUGGCAGCUCUUGCUGAGGCUCAAGCUCCAUGCCAAUGCUCAGAACCCAAAAGGAGCCUGGUCAGUCCCUGCUUUAGUGUCCAGCCCACCUGCAGAACUUACACACUGUCCUAGCAUGCACUCCGUGCUUAGAGCUGUAAAAGCAGGACUCCCUAUUGGAGCAUACCUGUCCAUUGCCAUGACAAUAGUGGGACAUAGCCUGGAGCGCUUUUGUACUGAUGGAGUCAGCCUAUUGAAGAAUCUGAUUCAGUCUCGUCACCUGAAAGCUGCUGUACACCUGCUGGACAACAUUCUUCCUCAAAUCUAUCCACUCAGUUUCUACCUUCUUAACAACUCUCAGUUUGUAAACUGCAUCCAGUUAUUUUUGCAGUACGACAGUGUGUGUCCUCAAGGUGUGACGCAGCAGGUCACUCACCGGGUGGCGCCACUCCUCACCGGAACCACUUAUGGAGACAAUGUUCGACUGCUGAACAGUGUCAUUCAGAGCCAUUUGGUGGAGAGUUCACAGCCUGGUCAUGUCGGUGCAGCAGCUGUGCUGGAAUUUUGGGUAGGGAUUUUGACACAGCAGAACUUGUGGUACAGGGACAAAACAGCCCUGUUCCUCAUGGAUCAAAUUUGCUGUGCUGUAUUCAUACACCAUCUGGAGGAUUGUAUGCACAAACUCCUGUACCAACAACAUAAGAAUGCUUUGGGAUACCAUGGAGACAGAGGUCUACUCUCCUCUCUGGUUGGCUGGAUUUCUGGAAAUGCCACACCUUCCUUCAUCGAGGGCCAAUCACUGAGUACAGAGGUUUGGUUUGCCUGGUUGGUGCUUAAUAUGGAGGGUGCGUUUGAGGAAGAGUCUCAGCUCAGACGCUGUGUUGAACAUGAGCUCCUGGCCGAGCCCAGUAUCUCUCCAGAACAAGCCCUAAAGAGGGCACAGCAGAGGCUAAAGUUGCCAGUCACCCCGUCUCUACAACGGCUACAAGUGUAUCGCUGGGCCUGCCAGGCUAUAGCCACACCCCCUGAUCACCCCCUUAUUCCGCUGGUUUGGCAGAGAUUUCUACAGCUGUACCUUAGGCAACCUGGUCCCGAUUAUGGACUGGCUGCUGGUGGGUGCAUUGGCCGUCGAUUCUUCCAGGCUUCCUCCCAGGCCACUUUGCUACGAGACCUAAGGCAGAGAAUACAAGAAGUGUCCGACUUCCACCAUGCUGCCAGUCAGGCCCUGAAGGUGCCCCCAACACACUCCUCUUCAGGAGACAGUCUGUGCAAUCAGACUCCUGGCAACCCUGGUCACCUCUGCCUUACCUCUCCUCAGCUGCACACAGAGCUAGUCAGGUUGUUUGGGGUUUUUGCUGUGUGGUUGGAUGAUGAAACUAUGCAGAAGCAGGAAGUUUACCUUCCCUCACUUCCGCCCGAAUAUGAACCACAUAGACUUGCACAGGUUAUGCAGCAGCAACAGGAACUGUGGCUGGAGUAUGUGGACCAAGAGCGUCUGCAAUAUGACAGAAAGGAGGUUCUGUCCCUGUGGGAAAAGGUGCAGAGCGAGCCAUCUUUCCUCCAAGCACAAAAUGCUUGCUUCACAGAUUACACCAGCCUCAACAAUGCAAAGGAACGUAUCCUGAACAACCUGCAGAAGCAUCCAGUGCCACAACCUGCUCCAGACCUGCAACAACUGAAGAUUCCUGUGGCUGAAGUCCCCAGUGUGUGUCUCUCAGACUCUAAAGCUGCUGCAGAACUACUGCAACGGGACCUCAACAUUCUGCAGGACCAAGCCAGGAUUGCAGUAUGCAGAGAAGCUCAGCAGGUGGCGAUGGAGCAGGAGCUUUUGGAGAGUCUUCCUCUGCUUUACAAGAACCGAGCUGAACAAGUGAUCAUGGCACUGGAAUGUAAAGGGAAGGGCGGGCAGGCAUGCCAGGGCCCAGCUAACAUCACAGUUACUUGUGAGUGUGUACAAAGACAAGAAGCGGUGCACACUCAGAUAACAUCACUGCGCAGGGACAUCAAGAACCUUCAAAGCGAUGCUAUGGCUCCACCUCCUCUCAGCCUGGCCCAGGCUGCUGUCCACACUGAAAACUUUAUCACGGCUCUGGUGAACAUGUACAAAUCUCAGAAAUCCCCAUCAGUGCAGCAUGUUGGUGUGUCAGCCUUCUACCAGCUGGUCUCCUUUGUAUGUGAAGACACACUGCGACAUCCACCAACACGCCAGUACCUCUCCUCGUGUGUGGAGAUACUGGGACAGGUGUUCAUCCAAGGCAACGCUGAAGAGUGCAGCCAUGUCCUGAAGACCAUCCUGGAGCACAGACGGCUUUGCCCUCUCAUUUCUCCCUUUUUCACACCAAAUGCAGCCCCAGCCCAGCUCGUUUUCCUUUACCAAGACGUGGUGAUGUCCCUACACCUUGAUAGUGCAGAUGUCAUUUUCAUGCUUCUCACCAAGUUUGAUUUGUCUGCCUGGCUAAACGAAGCCCAUCCCGUGUUUUCUGAGAGGACCCGUUUACUGGAGUUAGUCCAUGGAGGUCUCUGUGUCUGUGGCCGAGAUCCUGAACCUGAACUUCUCACACCUUUUCACCUUUUCACCAAACACUGGACAUGGCUUUUGCGCCACCACUUUCCUGACCACUACAGUGACUGUCUGCGUUUGCUCAUGACCAGCUCGUCGAACCAGUUACUAAGUCCUGAUUGCUGGAAGGUGACUCUGCAAGUGUUGGGCUGCUCUCUUCCAUCCCGUAGCAACAAGAACAAAAGUGAACAGAGUCCUAGCACCUCUGAUGUCUGUGGACGUAUUCCAACUUCCCCAGCAUCUACCUACCGCUCCUCCAUUAGCCUCUCUCCCCAGCAGGUGGAUGAGACAAUAGACUGGCUCAGUGAUUACUUGCUGCGGAGUCGUCUCAGCAAGCCUGACCUGCGCAGCUUCGGCCUCUACUCUGCCUGGUCUCUCUACAUCGGUGACAUUGUUUCCUUCUGGGACCAUUUAAUGGGCUCUCUAAUUAGCGUGUCACUCAGCAGCUGUGCCAGGGAGUCGGUGGGCAGCAGUAAAAUAAUUAAAGCUCUUCAUGCCUUGCACAGUAAGAUCGUGAAAUUAUUCAAGCCUUGGAUAUUUCCUCUGGACACUGAAGACGGAAGUAAUCUCAAGAGCUUCCCCUGGCUGGAGACAGAUGCAAGUGUGGCAGGGUGUCUGGUUGGCCUUUAUGCUCGAAUAAAUGACACACUGCACCAGAGAUCCAAGGACCGUCUACUCCCUGGUCAGAGAGGUGCUCUGUGGCUCUGUAUGAUGCAGUACUGUGAAAGCUGCACCUCUCCACGGACACCAGAGUACCUGUUGUACCUGCACCACACUCACCUGCGCAGCCUGCCGUGGAGACACCUGCAUCCUGACACUCAACUCAUGGAGCAGCUCUUUAACGUGGAGAGAGGAAGUCCUAAGAGCUGUUUCCUGUUUAUGGGAGAGGUGUUAUGCGAGGUUAACUGGGUCAGCGUCCUAAGCGAUCACAUUCACUCUCUUCCAGCCCCUGUAACAGCCAUCGAUUCUCAGAAGAAGGAAUCACACACCAUGCUGGUCUAUUUGUUAUACAUGCUUGUAUUUCUGGCAAAAGAGGAGCAGCUCCUCAGCCAAAAGGAAUCCCCUCUUCUCAGUCUGUUGGUCCAGUGCACAUCUCUGCCUUGGCACGAGCUAGAUCUGUCAUCAUACCAAGGGGUUCUGGGAUAUGUCAGCACGCACUACGCACCUUCACUACUCCUUAGCACGGAUUCUGCAUCUCAGUUGCUGCUGAAAUCACUUCGUAAUGCAGCUGGACUCCAUACCGGUCCUAAUGAAGCUGCUCACAUGGAUGGGACGCUGAAGGCCACGGCAUACGUGUCCUGGUGUGUGCAAUUUUUGGUGACUCUUGAGCAAGCCGGCAGCAUCAGUGUGAUCCCCUUGGAGACACAGCUGGAGACGCUGUUGGAGAGCAUCAUCACCUUCAACCCACCAGAGACAGGUUUGGAACAGAGGCACAUGGCGUUCAGCAGCCUCUUUAGUGGCGCACUAGCUUUGCUCAAUGGAGUCGGCGUCUCAACUGGAGAGGCCCUCGCCGCUCGUGUCAUUGCGUGGCUGGACAGGAAAGGGAGAGGCUUUCCUAUUCUGCCCCUGCUCACCGCUUGCUCUCGCUGUCUGGCCUCAGUGCGUCACAUGACGCGCAUCAUGGAGGCGUGCAUCACGGCCCACUUUAAUCAUGCUGAGGAGGAGUGUGUAGGCUGGGGUCCUGUGCUGGCAUCAUUGCAAGUGCCCGAGCUCACAGUGGAAGACUUCCUGUCCGAGAGCCAAUCAGGAGGCAGCUUCCUCACACUCUAUGCCUUCAUUCUGCAGCGCCUUAACGCGGAACACACAGCAACCAAUGAGAGGAGGACUCUGGCUUUAAUCAACACAUGGACCAAUCAGGUUUCCCCAAGUGGACCAAGCGACGAAGCCAAGCUGUUUCUGUGGUGGCACAAAGCCCUGAAUCUGGCAGUAGAGCAGCUGCAGCCUCAGGCGGGCCACACUGAAUUAUCCGGCGUGGUCACGGGUCUUCUAAAGUUGCAAACCAGGCUGCUUCAUCUAGGAGAAGAAAGGCUCAACUCCGGACUACUCGGGGCCAUCGGUCUUGGGAAGAAGUCUCCUGUUUCGAACAAAUUCAGAGUGGUGGUUCGCAGCCUGGCAGCCUUCCUCUCCAUGCAGAUACCAUCAGAAAGCGAACUCCGACUGCAGCCAACAACUGACCUGCAACUCUCUGCAAAAACACAGCAAACACUGGGAAUACUGGAAGCAAUGCUCAGCAAUAAGCAAUACACGGGAUUGGAGGAUUCUGUGAAAAAAGCUCUUCAGUUCAUCCGUUACCCAGGGCACUGUCUUAAAGAUGGACCUCGACUCCUGGCCCUGCUAGCCAACCUGCUUUACCCAGACCUCAGAUACCUGCACAUUAUACUUUGACCCUACCCUGGAAAACAAGGAUGGAGCACAAUAUUCUUUCAAACUGAGACUACUGUUGAGUGGCCUUUUGUUGUCACAAUUCUGAAACCAAGUCCGUUGUUCGAGCUGGCAUUUGCACUUUUCGUCCUCUUAUCGUCCAGCCUUUUUACCCUUUUUAAUGACGUCCCUAAUCAUCCAUUGUAUAUUUAUUUCAGAGGCUGAUCUCUGUUCUGUGUGUGGACAGAAAAAUAAGAAGAUGGCUACACAGAUUAGUUGAAGGUACUAAUGGGACAUAUCUAAUUAUUAGCUUUUGAAGAAUAAGGCGCAGAACACAGGUGGAAGAAGUAAGACGUGAUUGAGCGUCAUUACUUCUCACACACAAAAGAUGGCUGCCUCUGAAGUGAUCAUGUAUCACGUUCACAUCUCGCCAAAAGUGCUUUCUAAGGAGUGUUAAGGCCUCACUGAAAGGAAAAAAAUGUUGAGAAAAUUAAUAUUACGAAAAAAAACACCAUUUUAGAGGAAUAUAUAGUAUAAAUGUGCACCUUUGCUCAGAUAAGUUGUCAAGUUAUACAGACAAUGAGCAGUCACUCCAGGAAUUUGCGAUGUCGCGAUCACACUAAUUCAACCAAUCCUCGCAAAUAACGUUGUCUAAUGCCUGCAAAUUCCCUGCAUAUUUUAGAGAAUUGACAUAAUUUUUGACCAAUUUAAUUUGUCUCUGUCUGGCGCUGAAACACGCACUUCAACUGUAUUUCUUGUGUAGACAAAGCAGGGACAGCAACAUGUAACAAGGUAUCCACUCUUUAUUGGUAAAGGGCAUAAUUGUCCUCACAUACCUACAUCCAAACUUUGAGAAAUGUAGUACAUAAACAUCCUGACAUCCUAGUGUAUUUGUAUAUUUAGGGUAUUAACAGGUUCUCAUUUUCAAUGCGGACAUUGCAAAGACGCAGCAUUUACAAGUCAGAGAACUGUGAUGAUAAUCUCUCAUUUACCAACAACAAUCACUGCUAUAGAUAUUACUGUUAUCAGUUAUAACUAUUUAAAACAGUGCAAUAAUUUGACAAUGAGCUGUGAGUGUGUCCUUUUACUGCCAUCUAGUGUUUACUUGGUGGUAUAUAAUGAGU